AUGGAAAAAAUAGACAGCGAUAUGAGAGAUACCAGUGAGUUAAAACCACCUUCCAUUGAUACUGAUAUCCUCAACCCUUUUGUUCAUCGGCUAGAACUCGAUACAACUUAUGAAAAACUCAAGACAGCUUUCCUAACGGUGGCUUUGCUGCCUUUACGACUGGCAGCGAUCACAGCAUUAGUGAUUAUCGGAUGGCUACUAGCUUGUUUAGGACUCCAUGGAUUGUCUGAAGAUGAUUUACGACGAGCACCUCUUACUGGUUGGAGACGCGACAUGAGGGUGUUGGUGUGCUGGGUGAUGAGAGCGAUGUUCGUCUGUGGGGGAUUCCAUCAAUUGAAGGUGAAGGGUCAGCAAGCAACGACUAAAGAUGCACCGGUGCUAGCACUGGCCCCGCAUUCGAGUUUCUUCGAUGCAUUGCCGGUAGUUUACCUCGGCGGACCAAGCAUCGUCGCUAAAGCUGAAACUGGAAAGAUACCUUUUUUCGGAAGUAGGUCUUCUUUCUUAUUCCUACUUACAAAAAUAGUGCCAUGGCUAUGUUUUCUUGGCCGUUUAACAUAUACAGCAGCAGGAAUGAAAAUAGUGGUCCGGGGAAGACAAGCAUCAAGAUCAGAAGCUCCGAUAUUGGUCGUGGCGCCACACUCAACUUUCAUUGACGGAGGUAUUGUUUACAUCCUGGGAUUCCCAUCAACAAUCGUCAGAAGAGAGUCUGGUCUUAAUCCAUUUACCGGAAAAUUGAUAAACUAUACGCAGCCAGUCUAUGUGUGGAGAGAUGACCCCAACUCCAGACAGAACACGAUUAAGGAAAUAAUUGAGCGUGCCACUUCAAAAGAAGACUGGCCUCAGAUAAUGAUUUUUCCGGAAGGUACUUGCACUAAUCGAUCCUGUUUAAUAACUUUUAAAUGUGGAGCAUUUUACCCCGGUGUCCCAGUCCAGCCUGUGUGUAUUCGUUAUCCCAAUAAAUUAGAUACCGUUACUUGGACUUGGGAAGGUCCCGGAGCGCUUAAAUUGUUGUGGCUUACAUUGACCCAAUUGAACAGCAGUUGUGAAAUCGAAUUUUUACCGGUCUACAGGCCGAGUGAAGCUGAAAAGACAGACCCUAAAUUAUAUGCUAAUAAUGUCCGUCGAUUAAUGGCAGAAGCUCUCGAAAUUCCUGUCUCGGAUUACACAUACGAUGAUUGUCGUAUAAUCAACAAAGCACACAUGCUACACUUACCCUACGCAGCUGUAAUUGUGGAAGCCCACAAGCUGCGCUGCAAACUCGGUCUACAAAAAGUUAAAGUAGAAGAAGAAUUAGUACAAAAAAGACUGGUAAACAUUGAAGAAACAGUUAACUUUAAUGAAUUCGCCAGGAUACUUAGAUUAGAUGCCAAAGAUCCUUCAGUCCAGCAGCUGUUCAGGAUCCACGAUCGUACUAAUAAAGGAACAAUAGAUAUUGAAGAGUACAUGUUUACAGUUCUCGCAAUAGCUAACGCAAAUUCCGUCCUAGAUCUCGUUGAUAUUGCAUUUGAUGUCUGCGACGCCAAUGGUACUAAAUGCCUCGAUAAUAAAAAAUUACGAAAGGCCUUGAAACUUUCUCUUCAGCUGGAACCAGAAGAAAGUGAUAGAAUUUUUUCACAAGCCAGUCACGAUGUCAGUGGAGGCGAAGCUGUAUCUUUCGAGGAUGUUAUCACAGUAUUGGGAACAAGGACCGAAUUCAGUCAUAUCUUCGCAGAUGACAGUGAAGGCCGUCGGAAGAAAACCAUUUGA